GGGUGGUGCAUGGUGAAGUUCCUGUUGGAGUAGUUGAUGAAGAAGAAGUGAAUGAAGGACUAGUUGAUGUUGACGUUAAUAUUCAUGAAGGGGUAUUACAUGACGCAGUAGAAGGGUCAGUUUCAGUAGAAUAUAGUGAGAAUGACACAGAUGAAUAUAGUGAGAAUGACACAGAUGAAUAUAGUGAGAAUGACAGAGAUGACAGUGGAGAUAUCCAGAGAAACCCAAAGGACAGGGGGUUGUCUGAUGAUGACUGGGAAUCAGAAGCAUUGAACAGUCUAGAAGAGAGUGGAAGUGAGGAUGGUGUUGAUGAAAGGCAAAGUUGCGGUCCAUUUGGGUCUUAUGUGAAGCAAAAAGAUAUGUCAGAAUACAAGUGGGAAGUNGGAACAAAGUUCAGUGAUAAGUCAGAAUUUAUGGAUGCUGUUAGAAGUUAUGCCGUGCAUUCAGGGAGGAAUUUGAAGUUUCUUAAGAAUGANAAUAGAAGGGUUCGAGUGAGAUGCUUGGGCGCAGAAAAAAAAUGUCCAUGGAUGCUUUACUGUGGAUAUUUAGAAGGAUGUAGAACUUGGCAAUUGAGAAAAAUGCAAGAUACCCAUACCUGCAGUAGGCAAUUCAAUGUCAAAAUGAUGAAUGCAAAGUGGUUAAGUGACACUUUAGAUAACACACUACUUGAAAAUCCGAAUUUGAAGAUAUGUGACAUACGGUCAAAAGCAUUGAGGAAAUGGAAUACAAGUGUCUCACUAUCUAAAGCCCGUAGGGCAAGAUUAAUGGCAUCAAGCAAACUUGAAGGGUCAUUCAANGAUCAGUUCAGAAGGAUAUUUGAUUAUGCACAUGAAUUAUUAAGGUGUAACCCGGGAUCAACUGUUAUAGUUAAAGUGAAUAGUGAAAGUGGUCAGCCAACCUUCGAAAGGUUCUAUGUAUGUUUGAAAGCUUGCAAGAAUAGCUUCGUCUCUUGUAGGCCCUUUAUUGGUUUGGAUGGAUGUUUCCUAAAAGGAAAGUACAAGGGNGAGCUAUUAACAGCUGUUGGUAGAGAUCCUAAUGACCAGAUGUUACCUCUGGCAUAUGCAAUUGUGNAAGUAGAAAACAAAGAAACUUGGUCCUGNUUUUUGGAAUUGUUGAUAGAAGACCUUGGGGGCACUGAAGUAAUGGAUGCAUGCACUUUUAUGUCUGACCAACAAAAGGGUCUGCAGCCAGCAUUGGAAGCACUGUUACCUAAUGCAGAGCAUAGAUUUUGCANGAGACACUUAUAUGCAAAUUUCAGAAAGAAGUUCACUGGAAACACCUUGAAGACAUUGAUGUGGAAGGCUGCUACUA